GUGCCUUAAUCAUGUCGAAUCAACACUUCUUGGAAAGUAUUGAGCAGCUGAAGAGGCAAUCGACCAACAUACAGAACCAGGAGAUCAUGGAUCAAUCGAAUCUCUCAAAGGAUGCACAGGACAAAGAAGCCCAGACUGCAGUUGUCACAGUCCUCGACAAUUCAUCUGUCGAUUCUUCGCAGGAUGAUCCGGCCAAUACACUCCCUCCUGUGCCGCUGCAGAUGAAGUUGCUCAGUGUUUUGUUGGUUUCCUUCAUUGGCUUUGGGUCGCAAUGGAGUAGUGGUGUUAGCUCUGCUAUGAAGUCGACUAUGAAGAAGGAAAUGCAUAUCAACAACACUCAAUUCUCCCUCCUCGAAGCCAGCGAAGAUUUCAUGUCCUCGGCUCUCAUUCUCAUUACUGGCAUCUUCACUGAUCGGCUCGGCGGCACUGGGUGUAUCGUCUACGGCAACAUCAUCUACACAAUCGGCUCCAUCUUCAUUGCAGGCGCUGCAGAGAUGCGCAGCUACAAGUUCAUGAUUGUGGGCAGGGUAGUAGCCAGUUUUGGAGAUAUUGCUACGCAGGUCGCGCAGUACAAGGUUUUCAGCAGUUGGUUUCCACCCAGUGCGGGCUUUGCUAGUACCUUGGGAUUUGAGUUGGGUAUCAAGAAGGAUUUGUUGGCAAGUCGACUGCUAACAUCAUUGCCAAGCGUCUUCUGGACGAUGGUGGGCAUGAACCUCUUCACCAACCUCGCCACCGUCUUACUCUUUCUGCUCGUUCGCUACUGCUCUUCUCGCUACUCAUCCAUCGCCGACCCCUCUACUGGCGAAAAGCUCACCGAGAAGAACAAAAAGUUNGACUUCAAGAAGGUUGUCGAGAUGCCAUGGCCGUUCUGGUGUAUCAUGGCUUUCACGAUCUUCCAGACCACUACUGCAAAUGUGUUUUCCCAAAAUGCGACGGAGCUCGCUGAGCAACGCUUUGAUACUGAUUCUGUGACGGCAGGCUGGUAUACAGCAGUGUUGCAGUAUGCUGGCUUUUUCAUUGUACCGUUGUUGGGUGUCUUCGUCGAUGUCGUUGGUCAAAGGGUUAGCAUCAUGUGCGUAUGUGGUGCGGGAUGCUUCCUCUCCAUGGCGCUGGUCUGCUGGGCGCCUACCGUCAAGGGUACUGCUGCUGCCUUUGGAAUAUAUGCUGCGGCAUACACCCUCGGACCUACAGUGAUCAUCGAUUCCAUCAGGACUUCUAUGUGGCAUCAAGGCGCAUUCGGUACUGCAUACGGUCUCAAGAUCACCAUCAAUAAUGCUAUGUCCUGUAUCAUCCGUGUCCUCACUGGCGCUCUCCAGGACGCAGACAACAAUGCCUAUACCCGCGUUGUCCGUGUGUACGCUUUCUUUGGCUGCGCAUCUCUAUGCGUCUCACUCGUCAUCCUCGCUCUCUCGUUCCUUUCGCCAGAUCUCGGUCGCUUGCAGUGGAGUCGUAAGAAGAGGUUGUUGCAAGGUAAUCUAAUCAAUGAGAGGCUGGAAAGAUUUGAGGGGCCGAUGAAGAGGAGGAACAAAAGAGUCUCAGUUGUUUGUUUUGGGUUCACCAUGAUGCUUAUGCUUGGAGGAUGGAGUGCUUACUUUUGGGGUGUGGCUACUGGAAACAACAAA